GCCUCUUCUCCACUCCCCUGUGGUACCCUGGGCCUCCUUGUAAGGUGCAGUGCAAGCUCUGCUUCUCAGGAGGUCCUCAAAAGAAGGAGGAAUGGCUGCUGGCCAAACCAAAUACAAGGAAUCAGUGAUGUUCAGGGAUGUGGCAGUAGACUUUUCUCAGGAAGAGUGGGAAUGCUUGGACCCAGCUCAAAGGGACUUGUACAGAGAUGUAAUGCUGGAGAACUACAGCAAUCUGCUGUCAAUGGGACUUUACAUACCUAAGCCUCAAGUUAUCUCCUUAUUGGAACAAGGGAAGGAGCCAUGGAUGGUUGGCAGAGAGCUGACAAGAGGUCUGUGUUCAGAUCUGGAAUCAAUGUGUGAAACCAAGUUAUUAUCUCUAAAGAAGGAAGUUUAUGAAAUAGAAUCAUGCCAGAGGGAGACAAUGGGACUUACAAAAUAUGGCCUUGACUACUCCAAUUAUAGAGAUGUUUUGGAAUAUGGAAGCCAUCUUGAAAGACAACUGUUACAAAAUGGGCAUUUCAGUCAAGAAAUAUUUACUCAUGGAUAUGUGCCCACAUUUAUUCAACAGACAUUCUUUACUCUACAUCAAAUAAUUAGUAAUGAAGAGAAACCUUAUGAAUGUAAGAAAUGUGGAAAAGUCUUUAGUCAGAAUUCACAAUUUAUUCAACAUCAGAGAAUUCAUAAUGGUGAAAAAUCUUAUGAAUGUAAGGAGUGUGGGAAAUUCUUUAGUUGUGGCUCACAUGUUACUCGACAUCUUAAAAUUCAUACUGGUGAAAAACCCUUUGAAUGUAACGAAUGUGGAAAGGCCUUCAGUUGUAGCUCAUACCUUUCUCAACAUCAGAGAAUUCAUACUGGUAAGAAACCCUAUGAAUGUAAAGAAUGUGGGAAGGCCUUUAGUUAUUGCUCAAAUCUUAUUGACCAUCAGAGAAUUCACACUGGUGAAAAACCCUAUGAAUGUAAAGUAUGUAGGAAAGCCUUUACUAAGAGCUCACAACUUUUUCAACAUGCAAGGAUUCAUACAGGUGAGAAACCCUAUGAAUGUAAGGAAUGUGGCAAAGCUUUUACUCAAAGUUCAAAACUUGUUCAGCAUCAGAGAAUUCAUACUGGUGAGAAACCCUAUGAGUGUAAGGAAUGUGGCAAAGCCUUCAGUAGUGGAUCAGCACUUACUAAUCAUCAGAGAAUUCACACUGGGGAGAAACCCUAUGAUUGUAAGGAAUGUGGCAAAGCUUUUACUCAGAGCUCACAACUUCGGCAGCAUCAGAGAAUUCAUGCUGGUGAGAAACCCUUUGAAUGUUUUGAAUGUGGAAAAGCCUUUACUCAGAACUCGCAACUUUUUCAACAUCAGAGAAUUCAUACAGAUGAAAAACCAUAUGAAUGUAAUGAAUGUGGAAAGGCAUUUAAUAAAUGCUCAAACCUUACUCGGCAUCUAAGAAUUCAUACUGGCGAAAAGCCCUAUAGCUGUAGGGAAUGUGGGAAAGCAUUUAGUAGUGGGUCAGAUCUCAUUCGUCAUCAGGGAAUUCAUACUGAUGAGUAA